GUGAGGGGCACGCGCUACACAAAGCUGGAGUGCGUUGGCCGCGGAGGCUCCUCCAAGGUUUACAAGGUGAUGGCGCCGAGCCGCAAGAUAUAUGCGCUGAAGCGCAUCCGGCUGACGGGGCGCGACCACGAGGCGGCGGCCGGGUUCAUCGAUGAGAUAACGCUGCUGCAGCGCCUGCGCGGCCACUCCAACAUCAUUCAGCUCAUCGACGCCGAGGUGAUCCGUGGGGAGGGGCUGAUCUACAUGGUGCUGGAGUAUGGGGACAUAGAUCUGGCGCGGCUGCUGGCGCGGCACGAGGCCAACCAGCGCGAGGGCGGCGCCACCGAGCUCGACGAAAACUUCAUCCGCCUCUACUGGCAGCAGAUGCUGCAGGCGCGCCAAAAAGCGGUGCACACGAUCCACGAGGCGCGCAUAGUGCACAGCGACCUGAAGCCGGCCAACUUCCUGGUGGUGGAGGGGCAGCUGAAGCUGAUCGACUUUGGCAUCGCCAAGGCCAUCUCCUCCGACACUACCUCCAUCGCCCGCGAGGCCCAGGUGGGCACGCUGAAUUACAUGUCUCCGGAGGCGAUUCUGGGCGGCGCCACCAACAUCCGCGGCGGGCCACCCAUGAAGGUGGGCCGCCCCUCGGACGUGUGGAGCCUGGGGUGCAUCCUGUACCAGAUGGUGUACGGGCACACCCCCUUCUCGGCGCUGGCAUUCAUCCAGAAGAUGCAUGCCAUCACCGACCCGGCCCACCGCGUCGCGAUGCCCCCCCUCCGCAACUCAGCCCUCUCCGACGUCAUCCGCCGCUGCCUCGACCGCAACGCCCGCACCCGCAUCUCCAUGCAGGCAAACUUUCCCACCUUUAUUUUCCUCCGGAUGGGCUUGCCGGCUGGCAUCGCAUUCUACAAGCAGCGGCACUGA